AUGAGUUCGAAUUUACAAAACAGCACAUUGAAUAGUGGCGAGAAUGCCGAUUCUAAAAAGGAAAAUAUAUUGGAGCGUUUAAACAAGCGGAAUAAAGAACGACAAAAUUAUUUAGACGUCAAAAUAGAGCAACGUAACAAGGAAAAUGUCGAAUUAGAAGGUACUGAUUAUUUUGCACAAACAUUUACGGAACGUGCACGAGCAAUAGAAGAACAAAUACAAAAUAUAUCGCAUAUAUCCAAUACUAAGGAGAAAACAAGUUCCAACAACACCAAUAAUGCAGAUUUAACUCGCAUAUUCGCCGACUUAACAAUCCAAAUACAAGAAUUGCAGCGUUAUCUUACCACCUCAACAAUGUUUCUUACGGAUUUUAAAAUUAAAGCUUGUCAAAAUACCCUGAAUGAGUUAAAUAGCAGCUGCGAAGAGUGUCGUUUACGAUUGAUACCAAAAAAGAAGUUUGGGUUUAGUGGGAAAAAAGUAGCACCGAAGGUAUUAGUCAAUCCUAGAGUUGUGAAUAUUUCGGCCGAUAAAGUUGAUAUGCCAGAAAAAUCAACAACUGACAGUACUUCUUUCACCUGGACGUUAUCGAAUAGAGAAGAUGAAUAUAUUUGCCUCGAAGGUGAUGAACUAAAUAAUAAAGAUAUAACAAUUUCUAAUUUGAAAAAUUGUUUUGUGGAGCUUCGUGGUCAUGCAGGGUCAGUUCAAAUAUCGCAAGCCAGUGAUUGCACAUUCCUUUGUGGGCCAAUUUCACGUUCGCUUUUCGCAGAAAAUUGCGUGCGCACAACCCUUGCUUUAGCUUGUCAACAGCUACGUUUACAUUCUUCAAACAUUUGUCGCAUAUAUUUACAUGUGACAUGUCGAGCCAUUAUUGAAGAUUGUACACAAAUUGAAAUAGCUGACUAUAACUAUAAUUACGAUAGAAUCGAUGAAGACUUUCAAUUGGCAGGCUUAGACAAAACCCAAAACAAUUAUACAGAUGUCGCGGACUUUAAUUGGCUGUCGCCAGAUGUUCCAUCACCUAAUUGGACGCUACUCAAAGAUACACCCUCGCCUUCCUGGACUGAACUGCGUAACCAAAAGCAACAAAAAGCGAAAAUUUUAUAGUGUAUGGUAAAAGACAAACGUCUUGAAAUGUCAGUAAAUUGGCGUAGGACUUUUAUAUGGUUGGCUCUAGCUUUGUUACUACUACUGUUGCUUAUCGAGUGUCUACCUUUAUUUACAUCCGUUGUUAAAGAACGAUUUUGUCUUCUGCAAUUAACACCAGCAGCAACUUCAGUUAAUAAAGCAGCAUAGUCAUAUAUACAAUAUAUACAUUUAAAUUGCAACGUUUUUUAAUUCAUAUGUGGUAUGCGUUAUAAAGAGAUUUUGUAUGAGACUUAAUGGUAUGUAACUUGUUAUAUUGUAAGUGCAGGUUGAUUUUUGUUUCGGAAAUGUACUUGCUGUAAAAAUGUAUGCUUUAGGAGCACUUUCUUUUAUUUACUAAAUAAAGGAUCAAUAAAAUACUAAAUACCUAAA